AUGACACCUUCAACAUUGCUUUCAAUAGGCAUUGCGAUUGCGGCCGUUUUCAUCUUCUGGACUCUGUCCUCGACCUCGUCAUCGCCCUUUGCUCAUAACUUCCCUCGCCUAUACAAUCAACGAAUAUGUCUCUUGAUUGCGCAUCCCGACGACGAAGCCAUGUUCUUCGCACCCACCGUGCUAGCUCUGACAAAGCCGGAGCUCGGCAACCAUCUCAAGAUCCUAUGUCUCAGCAGCGGUACGUCCACCCCGAAACCCACAGUGCAUGUUUCCCGAAAACUAACCGAGGUGGUAUCGGCGAUGGCAGGAGACGCCGACGGGCUAGGUCACAUUCGCAAGAAGGAGCUUCAGAAAAGCGCAAUGCAGCUCGGUCUCCGCAACGAAUCAGAUGUCUUCGUCGUUGACGACCCAUCCCGAUUCCCCGAUAGUAUGGCCACCACGUGGUCGGCGAACGAGAUAUCCAGUCUCCUGGCCGCUGCGUUUGCCCCGGAAAUCAAAACAACAGGCAGAGAAUCUAAGACAAACCGGAGCCCGACCAUUGAUGUGAUCCUCACCUUUGAUCAACACGGUGUUAGCAACCAUCCUAAUCAUCGCUCUCUUUACCACGGGGCUCGGCAUUUUCUUCACUCCCUCAUGAAAGAUAAGGCCGGGUACUCAUGUCCUGUCUCCCUGUAUACGUUGACGACGACAAAUAUCCUGCGGAAGUAUGUGGGGGUGCUGGACGCGCCUCUGACCAUGGCACGGGGUGCGUUGGCAUCUGUAUUCUCGACUGUGUCUCUGGUUCGUAGGUCAAGGGAGUCGGGUCCUCCUUCGAGGUUGCUGUUUGUUAGCUCCGUGACAGAUUGGAUGACUGCGCAGUCGGCCAUGGUGACGGCUCAUAAGAGUCAGAUGGUUUGGUUCCGUUGGGGUUGGAUCACUUUUGGUCGGUAUAUGGCAGUGAAUGACCUGGACCGGGAGAGGAUUUGA